UGCGAACAUUCGUGAAGCAAUAGUACAUUGCAGUGAAGUGUUUGUUACUCUCGGGUGUAUAAGACAAGGAUGCUUCCUAUUAUUGCGGCUUUGGCCGUCCUUGGCGGCCAGGGCGCUCGCGGUUUGCUGAAUAGGCCGGCUCACGAGAAGGUGGUCUCUUGUUAUGUGACUUCGUGGGCUGCCUAUAGACCUGGAAAAGGUCAAUUCGGAUUCGAUGAGCUGCGACCUGAACAUUGCACACAUUUAAUUUAUGCUUUCGCUGGUCUUAAUGCCACGACUUCGACCAUCGUCAGUCUCGACCCAUGGGCCGACUUCGAGGAGAACUAUGGGAAAGGAACUUACCGGAAAAUGACUGGACUUCGUCGGCAGUUUCCGGGGUUGAAAGUUACCCUCGCCAUUGGUGGGUGGAACGAAGGAAGUGCAAAUUAUUCUGCUUUGGCCGCCUCGCCUGAAAGGAGAAAUACAUUUGUUAACAGCGUCGUGGAAUUUUUAAAGAUGUACGACUUCGAUGGUUUGGAUUUAGACUGGGAAUUCCCUGCGAAACGUGGCGGUGCCCCCCAUGAUAAAGAAAAUUUCGUUCACUUGAUAAGGGAAUUGCACCACGCUUUCGAAGGAAGAGGUUUGAUCUUGACUGCAGCGAUUGGUGCUGAUAAAUCCACCAUCGAUAUGUCUUAUGAUAUUCCGGAAAUGUCUAAAUAUUUGGAUUUCAUCCACGUAAUGGCGUAUGAUUAUCAUGGUUCAUGGGACAAGCGAGUUUUACCAAAUGCACCAUUGCAUAGUAAAGAUGACCUCAGUGUGGAAGAGAGCAUAACCUACCUCUUAAAAAAAGGAGCUCCACCGAGUAAGCUCGUCGUGGGCCUGCCAAUGUAUGGAAGGACUUUCGUCUUGGUAUCUCCAUUAUCAUCCGGAGAAAGUCCAAUCGGGGCUCCCAGUCUUGAGAAAGGUUUCCCGGGACCAUUCACUCGUGAGAAUGGAUUCAUGGGAUACAAUGAAGUUUGUCGAGAACUUUCAAAUCGCACUAAAGAAUGGAUUAAUAGUUGGGACGACGAAUCGCAGACUGCGUAUGCAGUUAACGGAGACAAAGUCGUCGUUUAUGACAACCCGAAGAGCAUACGUGCAAAAAUCGACUUCGUUGCGAAACUCCAGCUGGCCGGCGUGAUGGUGUGGAGCAUCGACACUGAUGACUUCCGGGGCGAAUGUUCGACUCUUCAUGACUUCCUGACUCCUUUGAAAGGAUUUACUUAUCCUCUUAUGAGGGCCAUCAAUCAGGCCUUGGAGGCGCCGGCAGAGAAAUUCGAGGAUAACGUUGUAGACGUUAAAAAGUCCUCCGCAGGGUCGCUCUUUGCUCUUAAUUCCGUCCUCGUUAUGUCGUUGUACGCCGGUUUACUAUAAAACAGAAUGGG